AGAGGGGAAAAAAGGUUCAACAGACGGGUUGGUCCUUUCCGUCUGUUGCCUCUUCCUGUUCGCUCAUUUGAUUGCUAUUAUCGUUCCACCCGUCGCCGUCGCCUCGCGCUAAUGGGACAGCGCACCACCGUGUUCCUUAGACAGUGCGCACAAGCAAGUCCGUCGUCACAGUGGCAAACGUUUCCCAAAGCUCGGCGGAGAAUGACCGUCCUGUGGGUAAUUGUCGGUUUCCUGUUCACCUCCUGCGCUGGACAGUCGCUAAACGACACGUACGGUGGGCUGAUUAUCGAACACGUGCGCGCAGAAUCAUCCCCAGCACCGGUGCCAACGGCCCAAUGGAAUCAACUGAAGCGCUACUCGAUGCAUUACGGCGGUGUGGCCAGCAGCAGUGCAGCAGGCGAGGAGUCGACCGCCCUGUCCAAUGUGUCCCUGCUCAGUGAAUCGCUUUCCUCUCGUGCGACGUCCGGUGUGGUCGGUGGCAUCAAGCUGAUCAUUCUAGCGUUUCGUGUGAUUGGCGAGUUUCUGCGCAAGUUCGGCGCGGAGCUGCGGGUGGCCAAAUGUUUGCUGAUGUACUCGCUUACCUUUCAGCCGCUCAGCGCGAAGGUUGCCAGCGGGACGAUCGUGAACUGGCUGACCGGGUACUUCGGUGCGGAAGAUGCGCGUGAUCUGUACCGGUUUCUGUCGCGCAAUCUGUUCGCGCAGUUGGGGCUUUCCGGGGCGGAUGUGUGAAGUAGAGCUGUGUGUGUGUGUGCGUGACGAUGGGCCGGCAAGGUGCAAAUUUUUCAGAAAAGUUCGGAUUUUUAUGUAGGUUUAUGCGGGUCGGCGUCGAAUCCGGUUCUGUCAUAAGCACCCGAUAUCUGAUUAACGCCUAAAAUCGAAGCAGAACACAUCUCAUCAAUCGAAUUUGAUACUGCUAACAAGGAGAUAAGUUAAUAUCUAUAAUUAAAACAAAAUAAAAUAAAAUACUUUUUGGUGGAAUCCUUCCAUUCACCAC